UCUAAUAUCUCUCUUUAUCUCUCUCACGUGUGUGUCAGUGUGAAUUUUCCUUCCUUGGUGAGUAUAUAAAUUAAACUCACCUGCUUAAGAAAGUAUCUCAUAUUGCAUCCUCUCAACAAAAUUAAUGGAGCUUAUAAAAAUCAUCACUCUUCUAAGCCUUUUCUUCUCUUCUCUCAAACCAACUUUUUCUUCUUUACAUAUUCAAUCACAAUCACAUCCUUCACUUCAACAUCAAGGUGUAGUAAAUGCACACGAGCAGCUUUUUCUACCAAUACUGCAUAGAAAGCUAAGGUUCACUAAAAAGGUUAAAGAAUCUGAUGAAGCUAGAGAUCUUGUAUCACACAAGUUACAAGAUUCGUUUCCUUCAGGGAAACAAAAUCAGAAGAAGCAAAACGUGAAGCUUGGCAACAAGGGAACAAGACAAGAGUGGAUGGAGGAGGAAGACCCUUCACAAUAUUUUACUAUGGAUUAUAAUCGUGUCAAAAGACGGCGUCCCAUACACAACAAGAAAUUGCCGGUUGGUCCAUAAGGUGGUCAUUGCCAAAUGUUUGUAAUUAGGAAUUAGAAAUAGGAAAGUAGUUUUUACUUUUUAGUAUGAAAUUAAAUCUUUUUUAUUUAAAAUGUAUCAAUGACUUAGGGAACUUAUAUUAAUUAAAUACUUGUUAAGCUAAACAGUUGUGUAUAAUAUAUUUCUAUAUCAAA